CUGCUUAGCAGCUGCUGCAAAUAAAAUACAUGGCGCGGGUGCGGCUUUGCAGAGCGCAAAGCAAACACCAUGCUUAGCCCAAAAGAAACACAUCUUGCCGUCCCGGUUCAUCGUCAUCUCGUCCUCUUCCUCUUGUUAGGCCUCGCAAUUGCGUCUUUGGCCACCGGAGACGACCAGUUUGUCGUCACCGGCUUCACCCAAUCCAGCUUCAACCUCGAGGGCGCCGUCACGGUCACAAAUGGUGGCCUCCUUGAUCUGUCUACUGGCACAAGCUACCUCAAAGGCCACGCCCUGUACCCGACCCCUCUUCAUUUUCGCAAGACGCCCAACGGCAAAGUGCAGUCCUUCUCAGCCUGCUUCGUUUUCAGCAUCGUCAACACGUACCCUCUGCUCAGCGACGACGGGAUGGCCUUCUUCAUCGCGCCCGCCAACACUAGUUUCGCUGGCGCUACGCCGGGGAUGUACUUCGGCCUCGUGAACAGCAAGGACGACGGCAAGCCGAGCAACCGCAUCUUCGCCGUCGAGCUCGACACCUACCAGAACAGCGAGCUGCACGACAUGAACGACAACCAUGUGGGCAUCGACAUCAACGGUGCCACCUCCCUGUCCUCCGCGGCCGCCGGGUUCUACGACGACGAGAGCGGCGGCGCUUUCAGGAACCUGACACUGAACGACCACAGCGAGAUGCAGCUGUGGGUGGACUACGACGAGAGGAGCACGCGGAUCAACGUGACGCUGGCUGAGCUCAGAGCGGCCGCCAAACCUUCCAGGCCGCUGCUGUCUACGACCUAUGACCUGUCGGCGGUGCUGGGAGACCCGGCGUACGUCGGCUUCUCCGCCACAGCUGGGCCCAUCAACGUGCGGGACUACGUGCUCGGCUGGAGCUUCGGAAUCAACACUCCGGCUCCACCCAUUGAUGUGUCCAAGCUGCCGAGGCUGCCGCGUGUUGGCCCCAAGCCUCGGUCCAAGCUCCUGGAGAUCAUCCUGCCGGUUUCCACUGCCGUGCUCAUUCUGGCAGUAGGCGCUGCGACCGCCAUGGUUGCGUUGACGAGAUGGAGGUACGCUGAGGUGCGAGAGGACUGGGAGGCCGAGUUCGGCCCGCACCGCUUCUCCUACAGGGAGCUGUGGCGCGCUACAGGCGGAUUCAAAAGGAAGCACCUGCUCGGAGAAGGAGGGUUCGGGAAGGUGUACAAAGGAGUGCUCCCGGUGCCAGGAUCCAACGGCGGUACCAUCGACAUCGCAGUGAAGAGCAUGUCUCACGAGUCGAGGCAAGGGAUGAAGGAGUUCAUCUCCGAGGUCGUCAGCAUCGGCAAGCUCCGGCAUCGCAACCUCGUGCAGCUGCUUGGCUACUGCCGGAGGAAAGGCGAGCUGUUCCUAGUCUAUGACUACAUGGCGAAUGGCAGCCUUGACAAGUACAUCCAUUGCUGCAGUGGGGACGACGGGCACCGUAGUGACCCAACUCUGAACUGGUCCCAGAGGUUCCAGGUGAUCAAAGGAAUUGCCUCAGCUCUGCUCUACCUCCACGAGAAGUGGGACAAGGUCGUGAUCCACCGGGACGUCAAGGCAAGCAACGUUCUCCUCGACCAUGAGAUGAACGGGCGGCUUGGUGAUUUCGGCCUUGCGAGGCUGUAUGACCAUGGCACGGACCCGCAGACGACACACAUGGUUGGCACCAUGGGGUACCUGGCUCCUGAACUGGUGCGCACGGGCAAGGCCUCCACUGACACGGACGUGUUCGCCUUCGGCAUGUUCCUUCUCGAGGUCACCUGCGGCAAAAGACCACUGAUGAUGAUGAUGAUGCAGAGCACCGCCGAGGGGCGGCGAGACCGUCAGUUUUUUUUGGUCGAUUGGGUUCUCGAGCACUGGAAGAAUGGGUCGCUCACAGAAGCAGUGGAUAGGAGGGUCCAAUAUCUUGACGACGGCUACGAUGCUGACGAGGCAUGCACCGUGCUGAAGAUUGGACUUCUGUGCCUGCAUCCGUUUCCUAGCUCAAGACCAAGCAUGCGGAAAAUAAUGGAGUACUUCGACGGUGACAUGCCACUUCCUGAGCUGACGCCUACCAAGCUGAACGCUAACGUGCUGAGAGUGUUGCAGAGCAAUGCUUUCAGCCCAACGGUCAUGUCGUAUCCACAGCUCACGUCAAGCUUCGGUACAGUGUCGGACCUCUCUGGAGGACGAUGAAAUCCAUGGUUUUAGCUUCUUAAUAAUUAUGUAACCAUAUGUUGAAGUUUUCAUCAUUUCAUGUACCGCUCGUACCUUCCUAAAUAGGAGUAGUUCUUUCAGCUGUAGAAUUUCACUUCACUGCGGAACAUGGUCACCUGACUCA